AGAAAGCCCAUUCUUUGCAUAAGGGAGGGAUAGCAAGAAGUCGUUUUUCAAAAUUUGUCCGCACUUCUGCUUGUAUUUUGCUCUGUUAGUUUUUCAUCUAACCGAUAACUUCUUCCCUCGACGGCGGUGUGACGAUGGCGAAGACGAUCAAGCUCCAGCCUAUCGAUGCGACGCCGGUAAGCUUCGCGGAGUUCGGCCAGGUGAUAUCUGCUGCUUCUGAUGGGCAAAAUUUUGGCCCGCAGGACGCGCAAUUGGAACUCCACCGUGGAACCCCGAGGUUCUAUAUCAUGCAUCUUGAAGAUCGAGAACUUAAGUUCUCUAAGAUUACUCAUCACGCAAGUGUGACCCAGUGCCUUGGUUCUGCUACUGGUGAAGAAUGGUAUCUUGGUGUAGCCAAGGCUUCAAUUCUGGAAGGAGCUGAAUUUAACGAUGACAAUCUCAAGACAAGGAUACAAUCAAAAUGCGGACAUAACUAUGUGCCACCACGCCCAGAUGAUGUGCGUGUGUUCCGAGUAACUGGUACAAAAUUUUUAAAGCUUGAUAGAGGAACCUGGCAUGCAGGACCGUUGCUCAAGAGAAAAGCAAUGGAUUUCUACAAUUUGGAGCUAAGUGACACUAAUAUAGUUGAUCACACAACACAUGACUUCCUUAAGAACGAUGAUGUAGUCUUUUUAGUCGAAGAAGAUUAUGUGCUAGCCUUUCAACCUUUUCCUGAUUGAGGAGUUGAAGCGAGG